AUGGGAGUUAAAGGUUUAUGGAAACUAAUUUCGCCUGUAGGCCGAAAUGUUAAGCUUGAGUCUUUGAAUAAUAAAAGACUCGCGAUCGAUAUCCUUUACUUAGAAAUUUCCAUCUGGUUAUAUCAAUUCUUAACUGCAAUGCGUGAUAAAGAAGGGAAUGGACUAAAAAAUGCACAUUUAUUGGGCUUUUUUAGAAGGAUAUGUAAACUUUUAUUUUAUAAUAUCAAACCAGUAUUUGUGUUUGAUGGUGGUGCUCCAGAAUUGAAACGUUUGACUUUGAAUGAACGUCGUAAGAGACGAACCGGUAAUGCCAAUAAUCUGCAAAAGACUGCGGAAAAACUUUUGUCAGCUCAGUUGAGACUUCAUGCUGUUCAGGAAUCAAAAGGAUCGUGUAAAAAAGUAAUAACUGACGAUUUUAAUGAAAACAAAAUGAGUAACACGAGUCCGGAAAGACUCUUUAGUCGAAGAAAGCGAGAUGAAUAUGAUUUACCUUCCAUAUCGGGAGGAAUCGAAGCCAUGGUCACUAAAGAUGAUCCUCGUCUUGCAACUGAAGAUGAUCUCAAAAAUUUUAUUAGAGAAUAUAAUAAGGCUUAUAUUGACUCUGAAGCAUUUAGAUCCCUUCCUUUAGAAACACGAUAUGAAAUCUUAGAAGAGCUUCGAAACAAAAGUCGACGAACAUCUUGGGAUCGAUUUCAUGAGAUUUUCGGCAUGAAAAGAAAUAAUCUAACACAAAAAUUAAUUGAUGUUACAAGCAAUGAUACAGACCCAAAUAACACAACACCAAAACGCAUAGUAUCAGAACGUAAUAAAAAAUAUGUAUUGAUAAAAAACAAGGAAGGAAGUACGGGGUGGACAAUGAGUUCUGUAGAUGAAAAUAAACACGAGAACAAUGAUAAGCAAGGUCAUACGGUUGAAAGGCCGGUUUAUAUGGAAAGUUCAGAGAUUGAUGAUAAAAAUUCAUUAGUAAAUGGAGAGGAUAAUGAAUUUGAAGAACUUGAAUUGCCUAAGUCAGCUCUAUCUUUUGACAAUUGUGAAUAUCAAGAAUAUAAAGAACACACGCCAAUAACAAGCGAUGAUUGGAAUAGCUUACUUUUGGAUAAAAAUGCUUAUGUUGAAGAUAAUGAAAGCAUUGAAUCGGUUAUCAAAAAAUUCAAAAGACUGGAGUCUGAAUCAUUUAAAAUGUCACCAAAUAAACUCAAUGAUGAUGUUUCAUCAUUAUCAAUAAACUACGAUGAUAUUGAUACGUUUAUGUCAAUGGAACCAGAUGAAUUCUUUGCUUUUUGGCUUUCGCAGAUGUCACCAGAUUUUCAGAAGGAAUAUAACGAUCAUGAUGAAAUGCUUCAUAAAGCUAUUUAUGUUUGGGAUGAAGAUGAAUUAGAACAGCAAAAGAAAUCUGUCACAAAAAAAUUAGGAAAAUUAAGAGAGUCUGAUGAGCAAAAGGCGAAUGCUUUAAAUUUCUGGCAAAAUUUCUUGAAGGUUACAGCUGAAUUUCGCAGGAUAAAUUCUGACAUUAAUCAAAAUAAGGAUGAACUUAAUGAUAAACAAGAUCUUGAAAUUGAAAUGUCAGAUAGUCCUAUGGAUUUAAAAGAACAAAAAUAUAAAGAGAUAUGUAUGAGAGAAACAAAUCACCUAAUACAAAAGGUUGUGCAUACAAUAAAAAAAAUUAAUAUCAAUUUUGAAUCAUUACUCUUGCCGGUUAAUCAUGUAUCUUCUUAUCACACUUCAACUCUCGACGUGCCUUUAGAAGAUAGAGAAACCGUUGCAGAAAUUAGUGAUUUCGAAGAAGUUGAAUUACCAACAAACCCUAUCGAUUCUGGUUAUCAAUCUACAAAAAUUAAUCCGCAAUUGAUGGCAACUUCAAAUAUUAGUGUAGAAUUUUCCGAUACAGAAUGUGAUAGUCAAACGAAUGUGUUGAUAGAUACAUUAGAAGUUGAGGACAUAAACAAUAUAUCCAAAGAUAAAUAUAUCAAAAUUUCUUCUGACGAAGAUGAAGAAUGUAGUUAUGCAGAAAAAUUCGAACCGGCGAGUAACAGUUCUGAUGAUGAGAUUCCAAAACAACUCACAGAAGAAGAAUCAGAAUUUGCUAGGUUUUUAUCAGAGUUGAAGAAAAAGGAUUUGAAUUCAAUACAACAAGAAUUGAAUACUGAAGUUCAGCAACUAAACGAGCAACGAAAACGAGAAAAACGAGAUGCUGAUAGCGUGACACAAACAAUGAUAAGUGAAUGCCAAAAACUCUUGCAAUUAUUUGGUAUUCCAUAUAUCAUAGCACCAAUGGAAGCUGAAGCACAAUGUGCCGAAUUGCUUCGUCUCGAACUUGUGGAUGGAAUCGUUACUGAUGAUAGUGAUGUCUUUUUGUUUGGAGGAACGCGGGUAUACAAGAACAUGUUCAAUCAACAAAAAUAUGUUGAACUUUACCUUUUACAAGAUUUAGAACAACACAUGGGAAUAAAUCGUGAAAAGUUGAUUCAUUUAGCUAUACUCUUAGGAAGCGAUUAUACAGAAGGUCUACCUGGUAUCGGAGUUGUUAGCGCCAUAGAAAUAUUAAAUGAAUUUCCUGGUGAAAAAGGUUUAGAGCAUUUUAGAGAUUGGUGGCUGGACGUUCAAAAUGGAACGAGUGGACCAGAAAAUAAUGAGAGUGAUUUCAAAAAGAAAUUUCGUAAGAAGAUGAAAGCUUUAUUAUUAUCAAAGAACUUCCCAAAUCACCGUAUAUGGGACGCUUAUUAUAGACCACUAGUUGAUGAUUCAAAAGUUCAAUUUCAAUGGACCAUUCCAAAUUUAGAUGACCUUCGAGACUUUUUGAUGGAAAAUUUUUCAUGGACACAUGAGAAAGUCGAUGAAACACUUGUACCACUUAUGAAAACUUUUGUUAAGAAGAAGUCAGAGGAAAGUAACCAAAUAACUCUGGAUGGUUUUUUUGCUUAUCCGAUAAGCAGUAGUAAGUCACAUCAAAGUACGAGAAUACAGCGCAUUGUGGAUUCUUGGAAAAGUGGUGAAACUUAUGAUAAUGAAAGUCGAAGUAAUGAUGGUAAUGAAUCGUCUCAAAGACGGAAGAAGCGAUCUCAAAAAAAAUCAAUCGAUGUUAUUACCAUUGACUCAUCAAGUAAUUCAGAGCAAGAGACCAUUCAUAAAAAAAGGAAAAGACAAAAAACCAAGAAAAGGUCUUCAAAAUAA